UUGACCAAUUCCAGUAACCGGGCGCGUGUGGCUCUGCGUAGCCGCAACGAGAACGCAACACUUAGGAAAAUGUUGCAAGAAAGUGUCGAAGACAUUCAAGAGCUGGAACAGAAUCUGUUGCAACAGAUGAAGGAGCUGGUGCAGUCGCUGCCGAGGUCAUUGGUUUUGACACGAAACCUUCAGUAUGAUGGAGCUCGCGACGACACAAUGUUCAGGUUGAUGGCCAACAGUGUGGAUGCGCAGUACAAGGAUAUGGACCGAGUCAUGAGCCGAGAUGGACUGGUUGGUCUCAACACGGAGGUGGUGGAAAGCUCGAUCGGUCGAGCGACUUCGGUGUACACAGGAGGGGAAAGUGGCGAGCUGCUCAAGUUCCGGUCGAGGAUUCUGUCUCCAAUUAGAAGUCCCACGCUAGAUAAAGCCUUCUGGAGAGGCAUUGAGGCCGGACUGGGGGCUUCAGUGGGGUCCGCUACCCCUAUGAACGACGUGGGACUUCCGCUUGGCGUGGCUUCUCGUGUUAUUAUCCAAAAGUACGAGAUUGCAGUUGGUAACUAUGCGUGCGUGAUGCGCGUAGUGAUUAAGGAGUUUGUGGAGAGCGAUCGUGUCAUGCAGGUUUGGAAUACGGUGGCGGACUGGCCGCGCGUGGGGAAGCUGCACAACGUGAGGACCCAGGAGUACGGAUGGGGCUACAUCCAGCCA